CCCAGGAAAACUCUGACAACCAGUGCUUGUUUCUGCAUCACCCAGUAAGAAAACUACCGAUUUGUUUGUGAAAACGCGAAUUUGUGCUUCUCUGCGACAUGGAUUCUAAUACUGAGAGUACCUCCGUGGCUGAGGAGUUCAAAAAUAUCUGCCUUAAGUUGAACAUGGAUGCUGAAACUGAGAAGAAAACCUGGGCCUCAUUCGAGAACAUUCGAGACAAUUACACCCUUGAGGGCAAUCCCAUUCACUGGUUGUGCUGUGCUCUCGUUAUUGCUUGCCGCGACUCCUUCACGCGCACCGUUGGGAGUCAAAAUAAUCUUGUCCUCGGCAACGGUGUCUCACUGUCGUCAAUCCUCAGAAACUGCACCAUUGGAUUCCGUGAGUUCUUCGAGAAGAUUAAAACAUGGUGCGACAUGGCAUCCGUUCCGGUAGUUGUACGCAAACGGAUUGAGCGCCUCAACGACAGCUUCACCGUGUCCAGUGUGGUGUACAAGAAGUUUGGCCCACUCUUCCAGCAAGUAUUCAACUGUCCGCCCAACGAGGAGGCUCGCCAUGGAAAGAGCAAGAAAGCAAAAAAUAUUCCUUGCAAUGCUGUGAAACUCUUUGAGUUUACCUGGAAACUCUACACGUGCGUGAGGGCUGAGGAGCCUAAAGAGUCUGUGGAUCUCGUGACAUCCCACCAUCUUCUGCUGGCUUGUGUUAAUCUCAUCUACAGCAACGUUAUUGCCGAAAACCGAAGGGACUUAGUCAAUACUAGUUUUUCAGGAGUACCUGAAAAUUGGAAUUCAUCGAGUUUCGAUGCAAAAGCGAUCUCUCCCGUGUGUGUUAUGUCAAAGUUGUGCGAUUCGGACUCAAUUGUCGAGGCGCUGCACAUCCAGAAGAUCAAGUGGAACAAGAUCAUCAAGAGCUUCUUCGAGAAGGGCCAUUUGCAAGGCGACUCUGAGACUUUUCUCAAUCUCAUAUCGGUCGCCAACUUCGACAGCAACUUCCGCUCCAUUGGCAACCUGUACGAGCAGUACGUCAUAAGUUGCGGAGAGAUUGACGAGACGAUCUUCCUCAGCUGCGCUCAGACGGGUUCACUGAACUACGGCGGCAAGAUCAAGGACGAGAACACGCGGGAGAAUACAUUAGAUCCGGGCACACCGGUCACGAGGAGAAGCAUGCUGCCGCCGAAAGAGAACUUGUCGCCCAUCACGGCGGCCGCCAUGAGUGUGAAGAAGCUGCGAAAUUGUCUGGGAAACAUCGAGGCGUAUCCCCAUGCGAGUCUGCGGGACAGCUUCAAGAGCUGCAGCGUGGAUCCCACGCAGAAGAUCAAGGACAUUCUUGAGCGCAUGGAGAGGCAGUUCUGUGAGAAAGUGCCGCGAUGGCCGGCGGAGAGACUGACCCUCACGAAGGCUCUCUUUUAUCGACUCCUGGAGAACAUUGUGCGCGAUGAGGAGGCAAAGAAGAAGACCAGCGCCAAGCACGUCUACAGCUCAGAGACUAUCAUUGUGCGGCUCAUGGCCAUCAGCGUGGAGAUUGUCUUCAGAGCCUACAAUUGCACGCAUGAGCUUUUCCCAUGGAUUCUGGACUGCUUCCAAUUGGCGGCAUUUGACUUUUACGGCAUCAUUGAGCUGGUGGUGCGUGCGGGAGAGGAAUUUUUCACUCGGGAGAUAAUCAAGCACCUCAACUACGUAGAAGAACAGUGUUUGGAGGAAUUGGUGUGGAAGAAUCACUCGCCACUCUGGGGAAAACUCGCUCAUGUGGAUAAGUCCAAACUGUCCUGGCAAGAUGUCGAUUUGCCUGCUUUUACGGCCGGCGAUCUGACGGGAAUCACACCGCACAGCGCUCCGCUGAUGCGAAUCGAUUCGCUGAGCACUCCUGGCCAAUCUCUGGCUGGGCCGUCUUCGUCCAGAAUCAUUGCGAACAUUGGCAGUGGUCCAAACACACCCAUCCAUUCCAGCGAGACACACAAUCGGGAAGCAGCAAUAAGGAAGCAACUCUUCCGCUCUGAUUCGGGUCCCAAUCUCGACAGUGUCAAUGGAUCUGCCACAACGGCUCAGCAGACGCCUCGGCUGCCGCGACCACCGUCUGAAAUCAUGGACGAUGUUACCACGACGCCCCAGAAGAAACAGUCACUGGUGAUUUUCUUCAGGAAGUUCCACAAGCUUGCCUAUCAGCGCAUGAGCUUCAUCUAUCAGGAGCUGGGAUUGGAGGAUCGUGCCAAUUUGCGGAAGAUUUGGACCCUCUUCGAGUACUCCGUGCUGAAUUACACUGAACUGAUGAAGGAGCGACACAUGGAUCAGAUUCUGAUGUGCGCUAUUUACGUCUUCUGCCGCGUCCAGAAGUUGCAGAAGAAUUUCAAGGACAUCAUGCAGGCAUAUCGCCAUCAGCCGCAGUCGGCCAGCCACAUUUACCGCAAUGUCUUCAUUGGCUACACGGGGAAUCAGAGGAGCGGAAAUGGCGUGCCGGCCGCCCAUGAAGCCCCAACGCCUCAGCGGCCGGCGCAGCCCAAUGAACUGGCCGGCACGUCGACAUCACACGAGAACGAGGAGCGCGGAGACAUUAUCAAGUUCUACAAUUUUGUCUAUGUACUGAAGAUGCAGCAGUUUGCCAUCAACUUCUCCAGCACUGCAACGAAUCAGAUUCUGCUCUCGCCAGUGCCCAAUGCACAGAGUACAAUGUGUUCGCCGAGGAAGGUGUCUGCGUGUGUUUUCGUCCAGACACGCGAGAAGAAGGAACUUCUCAUGUCCCCGGGAUCACUUGAGUACUCUGUCUUUGACAGUCCAUCCAAGUCUAACGACUUGAACGCGAUCAAUGAGCUGAUCAGUCGCAAUUGCGGUACGAAUGGAAAGCGACCUUUCCCUAUCAAUGGCGCCGAAGGUUUUCAGCCACCCACAAAAGUACCCAACAUUCGCAAAUUCAAGACUCUGCUGGACGAUCGACAGGAACUGCAGAAUCAGGACGAUCGGAAGGCCAUUUAGGAAUUUGUGAAAGGGUUUUUAGGAGAGAUAUUUUAGUUGAAGUAAAGCCACACCCUUAUUAUUUUAUCACAUUUUCCCCCCCCCACGAAUAACAGA